AUGCCGGCAUAUCAUUCCCAAUUUAAUGAAAGAACUGAAUAUCGUGUAAUUGGUAACAUGGUCCUGUUACCUAUAAAAACAAAAUUUAGAGGACCUGCAACACCAGCACCUCCAUCCGACGACGACAUUAUUGACGAAGCUUUAGAUCUCUUUCGCGCAAAUUGUUUAUUUCGUAACUUUGAAAUCAAAGGCGAUGCAGACCGAGUUUUAAUCUAUCUUAUUUUGUUCAUUUCUGAUUGUUUGAAUAAGCUCGUUAAGAAUCCUUCAUCUAAAGAAGCAUUAAAGAUUUUGAACACUCGAGCAACAGAUAAUUUUGCGUUACCUGGUGAACCAAUGUUUCCACUGAAUGCGUUGUAUGCUUCUCCGGCAAAUAGAAACGACGCAGAUCUUCUGCGUCAAUAUUUAGCUCAACUUCGACAAGAGCUAGCUACCAGAUUGGUUGAUAGGGUAUAUGUUGAUGGUAAACCUAGCAAAUGGUGGAUGUGUUUUCAAAAGAGGAAAUUUAUGAAUAAAUCGCUAUGA